CAUGGAUCAUGUAAAAAAGAAAUUAUUAACGCAAUCGACGCCGUUUAUUAUGUCUCAUUUGACGCCCAAUAACGAAAUGAUUGAAGCUCUCAGAAAGGAAGCCGUUCUUACCCACGAAGAAUCCAAUCAAAUUAUUCAAGACGAUACUACAGCCGGAAAAUGCAUACUACUCAUUUGCUUCAUUCGUAAAAAGGACAACAGAAGCUGGACGAAAUUCAUAACAAUUCUCGAACAAUACGGAGCAAGUACCGUCUCUUCCAUGCUAAGAAGUAAAUCAACAGCAUCGGAGGUCGUCCUACCCGAUAAACGAACUUUAUCCUACCUGGAAACCUGUUUAAACAACAUAUCGGUUCCCCAUAAAAUAGUUAAGGAAGUUGCUACCAAAGUUGUAUUGAAAGAAGUCUAUCACGACGACGUUUCCACCUUACAAGAAAAAAUAUUAAAUCUUCAGCGGAGUCUACGAGCAGCUUCUCUUGUCAACCCCUCUCCUGCCCAUCCUACUCUACCCCCAAUAUCGAGGCCGGACUCUGAAGAACGUUCAAUGUCGGUCUCGUCGGAAGAGAGCUUCGGCGAGUUGCACGCUCUCAUCAAACAAAAAGAGGACGCCAUCAAGAAGAAGGACAAAGAAUACGAGAGAUUGAAAAACAUUAUGAAUGACAUUCAACAAGAGUACGACACUUUAAUGAAUGUAAAUCAAGAGUAUUUGAACAUUAUUACCAAUCUUCAAGCAAUUCACGAUGGCAAAACUCCGAGGAGUGUUGCUGCCGAACGAGAUGCUGCAAUUUUAGACAUGAAGUCUGCCCUUUUUGAAGCUCAGGAAAAGAUUGAAUCUCUUCGCACGGAAGUGCAGGAAUUAGACGUUAAAGCCAAAGAUGCUCAGAGCGCUUUCAAUCACCUCCAAAAAAAAGAACUAAAAUACAGAGAAAUGUUGGGCUUGCCUCCCGAUUCCGACAAUGAAAGUGUCGAGAGACGAAUUCAAGAAUUACUGCAAAACGGAACCAUGCAGAAAAGCGAUCUGGACAAGCUCAAACAAGAACUAAACAAAGUUAAGGAAAGUAGACUGGCCGCUGAAGAGAAACUAAAUGCCAUCGUUCGAGAAAAGGAACAUAUUGAAUUCUAUAUGAGGCAACAAGAGAUGACGAUGAGAAGGAUGAAGAGACAAACUGUUGCUAAACCAACACUUGUUGCGGCCGAGUCGACUGUUGUCCAAGCAAAAAUUGCGGGUGCCCUUAGACUGCCUUCAAUCGAACCGUCGUGUAGGCCAACAACAGGAAAACAUCAACAAAAGUUAAACUAUUGUAUAUUUUGUCGAACUGAGUUUGACAACAGUAAAGCGACGACCUGCAGAGUUCAUUAUAGAGCGCUGGUGAAAGGUCAUUGGAUGUGUUGCAAAGACGAAUGCCAUCGAGGAGCUGGUUGCCUACAAUUGCCACAUAUGUAUAUUGAAAUAACAGCCGAUAGAAAGGUGUUUUUGACGGACGGAGCCAGAUAUGCACAGCUUCUGUAA